UGAGACAGCAGACGGCCUGAAGAAGGUUGAUUCCGACCGAAACGUCGCGUCUCGUUUGCUGUCUUUGUUCAUCUGUUCGUUCGUUAUUAAAUUGCCAGACGGCAAAAAACGAAGUUCAGUUUCUUCUCUUUUUUAAUUUUAGCACACUUUUAUUUUACAAGUCAGUUUAGUUUAAUAAUUUUUAUAAUUUUUAUUUUUUCUAAAAACGUUUUCCCAUGACUUGGGAUUUUUACGAGGAGCCAGAUGAUGGCUGGACCACGGUCCAGUACUACCGCGGCAGGCAGCGCACCUGGCAGCCGAGAAGCCGCGAUCGCUACGCGCAACGGGGCUCACAAAACAACCGGGGCCCUCCACCACAGAACCGGAGACGCACCUACGCCUCCGUGACCCGAGACCGCACGGUGAGCCGCAACAGGGGCUCAGGACCCCCCCGGAACCGCUUCCAGCAGCAACAACGGCCCCGCCCACGCUCCCGCAGCUGGAACCCGAGCGCAGCGCCGCGCUGGAGGGGAAAUCAGCGUCAACAGCGGCAGCAGCAGCAGCAGCAGCGAUUCGCACCCCGGAGGCGCAACAACGGGCCGAACCGCUCCGAGUACCAGCAAUCUGAUGACCCGCUCUUCACAGUCAAGGUCAGAGCUUUACACAGACUGCUGAAGGCCAUGCAUCACCUGGCCAACGUGGCGUGGGAUGACCGCAAUCCGCCUGCCAUCCAGCGGAUUGCGGAUAACCUGGCUGCCACCAUCAAGCCGGCCCUCCCCAGCCCCAAAACGAUGGACCUCAUUGAUGGGAAUGCCAGAGAGUGGGCGUGGAACACCAUCCUCAUCCUCCGGCAGCACUAUGAGGAUGUGCUCGAGGCUGAGAAGCGGUCCCUCCUGGGCCUCGGCGGCGACCUUCUGGCUCCUCUUGAGGUGGCGGUCAAGUGGGCUAGACGCAACCUGGGCAGGAGGUUCGACCCAGAAACCGCUGAUGAGGUCCAGACUUACCUGGCGAUGAGUGAAGAUGAGGAAGCCUCUUCAUCCUCCUCUGCCUCCUCUCGCUCCUCCGACUCUCCUCCACGUCCCUGCCCGCCGGCUGCAGCUCCUCCGUCCCCACGCUCAUCUGAAAGCGACGCAGAGCAGGAAGACCAGGCUGUCGACACGGCGGAGAACCUGCAGGACCCCUCCCACCCCCCUCGACCACACUCAAGAACCUCACCUCCUGCUGUGCCCCCUCCCUCUGCAUCCCCCCGCCCCGUCAUGGCCUCCGCAGCCACCAUGACGGAUCCUCUUCACGGCGGGUGGACACCUCCGGGCUCAGAUGUUGAGGACAGCGGGAGAACGUCGCCCCCCACUCUACCUGCUGAGAUCAUCGCUCCACUCCCUCAGCGUCAGCAGAGAUCCUCCAGCUCUUCAGGGACGACCACCUCUGCAUCUCAGACGGCUCCUCCGGCGACCUCUCCAGCUGUUCCUCCUCCUCUUCCUCCAGCUGCUCCUCCGGCAGCUCCUCCCUCCUCUUCUCCUCCCUCAGGGGGAAGGGCAGCAGAUUCUGCCACUGAUGAGGUGCUCAGCGGCAUCUCUGACCUCAUCCAGGAGGAGGUGAGCAGACAUCGGUCUGCAAGAGUAAUCCCGCCUUCUCCCUCCCAGGCCUCCAGAGCCACACGACCCUCGCUGAGGCCGAGGAUGGCCCCCCUCUGCCGCCGACUACAGAUCAGCACGCAGCGGAGACUCACCUUCAGCAGCAGGGUGACGACACCGGCUCCAGCUGCGUCCUCCGGCACCAGGGGGCCCACCGCUCCUACACAGGCACAGAUCACAGUUGCGGCUAGACAGGUGGGGAGCCUCAACAAAACCAGGAACUGGUCACUUGACCUCAACAAAAAAUAUGUCAUCCUGGGUGACUCAAAUGUGGCCAAGUUUCCGGCCUGGAAUAACCCCAACCUGCAGGUGGACAGCUUCCCUGGUGCCAAGUGGAGGCACCUCACCCACCUGUUCGACAAGGCACCUGUCUUCGCUGACGUGGAGCGGCUCAUCAUCUCUCUGGGCAUCAACAACAGGGCCCAGAGGGACAAAACGUCGGCUGUGAAGGAGAUGAGAGCAGCGCUGAGAGCAGCCAGGGUAAAGUGCCCGAAUGCUGAGAUUUUUAUCCCUGCGAUAAAUUUCUCGCCGGCACUACCCGUCCGUGAACAGGUAACUCUCACUCACCUGAACAUGCACAUCACACAGCUGAACCGCUGCAUCCCGGCACUGGAGAGGCGGGCCUUCACAGUGGCUAGAGAUAACGUCCACUGGACCAGGGCCACCGCUGCUCGCAUGCAGAGCCACUGGAGCGAGUGGCUAAAAUAGAUUGCCCUAAGAGCCUGCAAAGGCAGGAUGGGCACUCUCAGAUUGUAAAUAAUAAUAUUUGUAAUCUUUCUAAAAC